CGAGUCUUACUUACCACUAAUACGUCUAUCACUGGAUCGAAAUGUGAAAUAUCUAUAUGUAAAAAUUAAAGAUGUAAUACUACUUAAAUAGACAAUGUGAUAAUAAUUUCUCUACGAUAAUAAUAUGGUAUCCCAGCUUCCGCGUGCGCGAAACCCACCUUUAGAUACUGUUUAUCAUCAUACCAAACCAAAAAUAACGAUACGAUUACGAACAAGUAACAAAACAACUGUACCGUUGGAUCUCGAAUAAAGAUUAAGGGACUGCUACUCCACUAAACGCAUCAGUGUAUUGUGCUUCGUGAAAUAAAAUCACAAUACUAGCAGGACAGCAGUGAGGCAGGAAAUACUCUAUUUAAAAGAUGUCUUCAAAGGAUGCAAUUUUUGUAACUAAUCUUGCCAGUUGGCCGCCUGAUUUACAUUGUGCUGCUGGUGGUGGAGAUAAAUAAUAUAUUGAAUAAGAUGUUAAAACUAUGUAAAUCUAAAUGUCCAACUAUACCGAUAGUUAGGAAGUGUUGUUUUUGUGUACCAGUACGGAAAGGCGUCACAAUAUUCGCAUACGUUAAUUUGGUAUUAUCACUUCUAUCGUUUCCCCUCCUAAUAUUCCUGCUGGUUGAACAAGUGACCACUGGCAAGCCAAUUGAGCACACAGGCUCCAUGGAUCCGCUAGUACACUUACCUUUAACCAUAGCUUUUGUGGUCAUCGAUGUCACUAUGACCAUAGUAUUACUGUUUGGAGCUCAUAAGAAGAAACAAGUGUUAUUGAAGGUUUACUUGUACUUCGGCGUGGCGUUUCAACUUAUGACCCUCUGUAUGGAUCUAGUAUACUUCGAUUACCGACAGUACAUCGAAAAUACAAUCUACUUCUUCUUUUUAGGACUUAACGUAUACUUAUUAUACCUAGUAUACAGUACAGUUAAAAUCGUUGAAGAGAGUUCUGAAGUUCAGUACGUGGCAUAUCAAAACAACAACAUUGGAGCGUGAAUGAUUGCGGCAACAGUUGCAUCGAUUUGGGCACAGCACUUAAUAUCAGUACAUGAGCACAUAGAAAUACUCUAAUCUUCUAUAAAAAUAAA